UCCUCCCGGCCCCUAUCCCACCCUUCCCGAGCCCGGCCAGCUGCUCAAUCCCCUAUGGCUGCGCCCUCUCUCCCAGAUUGCUUAGCGCCAGCGUCGGCUGGCCACGAUUCGAUUUCUUCCAAGCGAAUCUUAAGGAGCUCAAGAACCAGCAGGCCGAUCCCCUCCGCCUCUACCUGCGCCAAAAUUUUUACCUCGUAGAUCGGGAAGGUGGCCGGCCGCCCGCGGAUGCCCGCCUCUAGAGCCAUGUCUCGGCGAUGUUGCCUCAGAGAAAGCGCAUCAGGCGCAACAUCUAGCCACGACGGAACGCCCCAAGGAGCCAGCGAUCUUGGAGGCCUCACACCACUUCUGACGGGGUUACCGUCACCGGAACCUGGACCGCCCGUACCCCGUCCGGGCGAAUUCUCAUCUAAACCAAGUAGAGGCCGCACCUCCUGUGGGGCGAGCUCGCCAUCACCUGAACCACAUGGAGGCCGCACCUCCUGCCAACGGGUUCUCUCUAGAACUAUGCGGUGUCUUGACCAGCGUAGUCCCGCGUGUUUCGAUGAACAAGAAGCAGCCCAGACCGCUCUGUCAUGCGUCUGAUUCGUGUAUUGCAAUCUUUCUGGUUUUCUUCAUAGCCGCUCACCAGUGAACAGGAUGUGGUCAAUUGGAGAGGGAGAACCAACCUGGACCGCCCGUACCCCGUCCGGGCGAAUUCUCAUCUAAACCAAGUAGAGGCCGCACCUCCUGUGGGGCGAGCUCGCCAUCACCUGAACCACAUGGAGGCCGCACCUCCUGCCAACGGGUUCUCUCUAGAACUAUGCGGUGUCUUGACCAGCGUAGUCCCGCGUGUUUCGAUGAACAAGAAGCAGCCCAGACCGCUCUGUCAUGCGUCUGAUUCGUGUAUUGCAAUCUUUCUGGUUUUCUUCAUAGCCGCUCACCAGUGAACAGGAUGUGGUCAAUUGGAGAGGGAGAACCAGAGGCUGUGCCUGAUGGCUUUGAGCACUGCAGCUCCAAAAUAAGUCAAGAAAUCUGAAGCGGCUCUAGCAUUUACACACACCUACAGAGAGCUUGGGAUUAUUAGUUCUUACUAGAUUUCAACUUAACCAUUGUUAUGGAUGGUGAAACAAUCAAGAGUUGACAGAGAGGGAGUAUUGAACUGCAUACCAGAGACGAUGUGCUACUUUGAAGCUGCAGCAGCUAGAACUCGAGAUGCUAAAUUGGAGAUUUUUCUCCAAUGAUUAAAGCCUCGUGGUGGAAGACUGAGCUAUUGAGGGCAAUGAGUUGACAGACUUUUUAUUUACUCAAUGCGGUGGAAGAUUGGAUCAGGGAUAUAUUUACAUUUUCGAAAAACAAUUUUGCUUUGUCUGUUCUUAAUUAUACAUGUUUCCAUGAGGUGAUAGACUUUUUCAUAGUUCAACCAACUACUCAUUUUGUCUAAAUUUUCAAUUUCAGAUUGGUGUUUGCUCGGUAGUUCGAAUCCACAAUUUGUUUGCCUCCACGCCUACUACUAUCCAUCAAGGCAUAUCGUCGUUGCCUUGCGAAUCCACGCCAAGUCCGCCGGCCGCCGCAAAUCACAAACGCCCCGAAGACUCACGCACCUCUCCGCCGACGAAAUCCUUCGGCGGCGCAGCGGCGGCCGGCGAUGGGGGAGUUCGCGGCGGCCAAGACGUCGGUGUGGUGGGACAUCGAGAAUUGCUGCGUCCCACGCAGCUGCGACCCGCAGCUCAUCGUCCAGAACAUGAGCUCCGCCCUCGCCGCCGCCGGCUACAGGGGCCCCAUCUCCGUCUCCGCCUACGGGGACACCAACGGCAUCUCCCAGCCCGUCCUGCACGCCCUCUCCAGCACCGGCGUCUCGCUCAACCACGUCCCCGCCGGCGUUAAAGAUGCAAGUGAUAAGAAAAUCUUGGUUGAUAUGCUGUUCUGGGCUCUUGACAAUCCUCCACCAGCAAAUUAUCUGCUCAUCUCCGGUGACCGGGACUUCUCUAAUGCCAUUCAUAAGCUUAAAAUGAGGCGAUACAAUAUUUUAUUGGCAAAUCCUCCAAAUGUGUCUCAGACCCUUAUUGCUGCAGCAAAGAGUGUUUGGCUCUGGAAAAGCCUUGUCGCUGGAGAACCACCAUUAGCACAGUCACCAUACAUAAGCAGCACAUCAAGUGGCAAUAAGGUUGAUUUGGAUAAGUCAAAGAACAUAGUGUUAAGUUCAUCAGACGUGACUCAAGAUACCAACCAUGAGGUGCAGAAUAUUUUGUGCGAUCCUCAAAGCGAUGCCAAUGGCAAGGCAGAUAAGAAAUCUGAAGUUGAGCAACCUCGAGAAAUGAAGACAGACAAACUGUCUAAAGCAGCAAGGAGAAAGCAGCUGAAGAGGAGUAACCCUGGGGGAAGCGAGCUUACUAAGCAAACUGUUUUCAAGAAGUCCAAGAAGUCCAAGAAGGCCAAGAGAGCUAAAAGAAAGCGCUUGAUCUGCUUUAGGUGUGGUGACAGACACUGCGCUGUAGAGUGCACCUUUAGCGGUGACUGUCAGUGGUGUGGAAAACCUGGCCACAAGGACCUAUUGUGCAGAGAGAACCCACACAGAAUUGUGAGGCGGAUUCCACAUUACCGACCAAGCCAAGGGCAGGGGAUGAUCUGCUUCAAGUGCGGUGUCGUUGGACACUGUGGUGCUAAGUGCACCUAUAUCGGUUCCUGCCACCAUUGUGGCCAUUUAGGCCACAUGGAGAGUGUGUGUAGACAGAACCCUGAUAGCAUCAUUAAGUGGGAGCAAGUACAAGUACAUGCAGAUGGCAAUGCUAAGUCCUUUCAGGAGUCGGUCCACAUGACUGUUCAUGCUUCUUAGUUGCACCAAACUUGGGCACCGUCCCUGGGGUGCUUCUUGCAGGUGACUCCUGCUGUACCAACUCCAUUCCCGACUUCUGCGGCUCCUGCACUGCCACAUACAGGUGUUGCAGCUUCUUCUUCCCCAACUCAAUCUGGAGUCUGUGCCAUGCUGACUUCUGUGUCGUUGGGUAAACCAGACGUGGUGCCAUGAUCGACAUCUUCAGCCCUUUGUAUUGCUUCGUCUCUUCUAGCUUACCGACCAAUCCUGGUACAGUAUCAUCAAGUGGGUACUUCUCAGCUACUUCCUGAUUGGACACAGCCCCCACAUAUCGGCGUUGCUGUUUCUUCUACCCCAGCUCAGUAUUGAGUCUGUGCCACCCAACUGAUGUGUCAUGUGGUAAACCAGACGCAGUGCAUUAACUGACAUCUUCAUCUCUUCGUCCUCCUGCGGCUGUUCUAGCUUACAGAUCAGUCCUGGGUGGUCAGUAUCAUCAAGUGGGUACUACACCGCGUGGGAGCCACACACCCUGUAACACCGCUGUUCCCUGCUCGCCGCGGGGAUGCCGCAGCACCUCGCCACCACAUGAGGGAAGGACCUCGCUGCCGCCGUCACCCUCUGGGCUUUGCCCAGCGGUGAGCUCCGGCGGCGGUGAGGGGAUGGAGAGGACAGGCGAGCGCCGCCGGAAUUUACGUGGGACAGUUUCGUGUGGCUCACCCUCUUUUCCGUGGGGUAGUAGUGAUCACAGGCUCGAGUGCCGUAUAUGUUUUGCACUUAAUAUUGAAUUCGUUAUGUGGAAUGUUUGCUCUCACAUUGUGUUUAGGAUCUGCAUACUUUCAAUUGUCUCAUCUGUGUCCAUAUAAGCAUGUUUAUGGGAGGUUUUGCCAAUUUUUUUAGUGGAAUAUUGUUGUUUUGAGCUGGAGUGUGUGAUAGCAUCUCUGCUUGUGCAUAGCCGGUAUUACAUCAUUGCCGAGUAUUUUCACUCGCAUCGAUCUCCUAAUUCCUAUUUAUGCUCAGUUUAUUCUCUUGCUACAUCCUGUUCCUCAACAUGUACUUACUGUUACUAAAAUUAGAUGUGAUGUGAAAGUUCUCAUGCCAAUCCUUCUAUGUGAUAAAUGAUUUCUUAUACUCCCUCUGUUCCUUGAUAUAAGGUGUAUAGUUUUUCCGAAAAAAGCUCCAAAAUAUAAGGUGUAUUGCGUAGAACUACUCAUUUGGACAUUUUUUACGGAUUUGAUUGCAUUUUCUUAGCUCAUUCAAACUCCUCUAUUUUCUCAAAGCAAUAAUUCAGGGGUAAUCUUGCCCAAAACUCAUGAAAUUUUGCCCUCAAUGUGCGUUUCUUAAUUUCCGUGCCAAAAACUAUACACCCUAUAUCUAGGAACGGAGGGAGUAGUAUGUUAGGUUUUCUCUACUGAGAUCAUGAUGGUUGUGUGCAUUCCUUGAUGCAGAGGCCGGGAGGUUGUCCCUUUAUGGAAAAUAAACAUGAGGUCACGUUUUCAUUAAAUACAUCAAUCCUAGGUGGUGUUUAUGUAUUUCAGCUUAAAUGCUUUGCUAAUACAGCUCAGGGAUGAAUACCAUCCCUAUAAUUUUGCGUUUAUCUCUGCAAAGAAUCCACCUGAUAUUGAUGGCCCUCUAGUGAAGGCGUAACUGGCUGGAUAUGGUUACGUACUUCUAGCCUUUGGCCUUUUUACUAGAUAUUUUGGUUGCCCGCAUGCAAAUCAUAUCUGUUGAAGGAUAUUGUGCGCUAAUUAUUUGUGUAGGCUGUACAGUUAUGGUAUCGUUGAGUUUUUGGCCUGGCUUUACGUUAUGGUUUUGGUAUCUUUCGCUGUAGCUCAGAAUUUUAGUUUUCUUCUCAGGUUGUUUUGGUUGUAGAAGACUUAUGUUGUUUUGAUGCCUUCUUAGUACAAGAUGAUGUUCACUUGGGUUUGAUUUUAAAAUGUUUCACUUCAUUUCCUGAUAUUCAGUUGACGCGAACCCUGAACAAUUUAUGCAUGUUGACCUGAAGUUUCAAGUUAUUUGCACUUUUCACUAUCAUAUCUAAUAUACUAAGAGGGAACAACUUCUAUUUUGUCGGAAUUUUGAGGCCUACUCUGAAUAAACGUGGUAUUGACACGUAGCAUGUUUCAAGGGUUUAGUUUCUGCUGGUUUUCUCUGCGUGCAGUUUAGGUUCUCUCUAAUAUUUUUUUGGUGCAGUUCUGAUUGCACGCUUCCUUGCGCCUUUUGAUGUGUCGGUGUCGCUGGUGUGACUGUAGUCGCGUGCUGUUUCUUCACGUGUUGGUUAAGCAAGUCAAAGCGGUGCUGCAUGCGUGUCCCACCACGAGCAUCUCCAUUGUUUUUUUUUUGGCAUCGUAGCGCACAGACUCAUCCUCCUCCCGAGUCCCUAUGGAUUCGAGUUGGGUGGCUUCCGUAGAUUUCCAAGGAUAAUAUCUCCUCAAAUCCACCGUCUUCGCUAAAGUGGCUGUCAAAAAAAUUAUCCUCGGUAAAGGGAGGGGAGGGUUCGUGCUCCUGUC